GGAGGCUGCGGUGCGGGUGGCACCGGGUUACCGCUAAGUGCGGGGGAGGGAGCCAAAACAGCCCGGUUGAAGUGGCCUCAGAGGGAAAAGGCUGCAAAAGGGGCGGAGGAGUUGGUCUUUUGGGGGUUGAAGCGAGAGGCUCACCCACCUCCUUUCAAGAAAUGGAAGUUUAUUGCAAACAUAGAUACGCUCAGGAACCCGGAGGAGGCAGGCGCUUGGAACGCUUCCGUCAGCUCAGACCCCCAGGUGCUGCCGAGCGCUGGGCUCGUUAGACUGAGGUUCUCCCGCUAAAGGACAGGAGGGACAGUUGUGGAUGUUUGAUGACGCCUAAGCUGGAGUUUGAGGUUUCAGAGGCGAAGCAUGUCUGAGUGAUGGCGGGGGCUGGCCGAGCAGCUGCUGACAGCAGAGCCCUCAUAGGGUUGGGCCUUGAGGUGGUGGCAGGUCUCUCCAGAAUGAUGGACAACCCAGGAGGCCAAGGCACCUUCUGGCUUCUGACACCUCUGCUCUUUUCCAGGAGCAUCAGGUCCAUGCUGGCUCGGGCACCCAAGGCUUGGCACGGGCUCUUUCCGCUCAGGCCUCUGGCCCUCCCUAGGAUCCAGGGGGCUGAGGCCGGGCAGGUGAGAUACCGGCUCUUAGCAAGGCAGGGCCCUGCAGAAACCGGCAAGCCAGGCCAGCCCCCGGGCCCUAGGCUGCAAACUAGGUUGCUGAUCACAGCCUUGAUUGGGGCUGGGCUGGGUGGAGCCUGGCUGGCCUUGAGGGCGGAGAAGGAGCAGUGGCGGCAGCAACAGCGGACAGAGGCCCUGCGCCGGGCUGCUGUGGGCCAAGGCGACUUCAGUCUUCUGGAUCACCGAGGCCAAGUUCGCUGCAAAGCUGACUUUCGGGGCCAGUGGGUGCUGAUAUACUUUGGCUUCACUCACUGCCCGGACAUCUGCCCCGAUGAGCUGGAGAAGCUGGUGCAGGUGGUGCGGCAGCUGGAGGCGGAGCCUGGCCUGCCCCCGGUGCAGCCCCUCUUCAUUACUGUGGACCCUGAGAGGGACGAUGUCGCGGCCAUGGCCCGCUACGUGCAGGACUUCCACCCAAGGCUGCUGGGCCUGACCGGCUCUGCUGAGCAGAUCGCCCAGGUGAGCCGCAGCUACCGAGUAUACUACAGCGCUGGCCCCAAGGACGAGGACCAGGAUUACAUCGUGGACCAUUCUAUCGCCAUCUACCUGCUCAGCCCCGAUGGCCUCUUCACCGACUACUAUGGCAGGGCCAAGUCAGCCCAGCAGAUCACGGACAGUGUGCGGGGCCACAUGGCUGCCUUCCGCAGCGUGCUGCGCUGAGUCUGGUCAUUAAAAGGUGAGAUGCA